UACGGUACCGGUAACUCCCAACCCGUCGGCUCAUUAUAGGAGUGGUUGCUGUAUUCAAGCACAUUGUCGCCUUUCUAAUUAAAUAAUCAAAGAAUUUAAGAAAUGGUUUCUUUCAAAGUUUCGUUGCUAGACUAUGGAGCAGGGAAUGUCCGUUCGGUCCGAAACGCAAUCAUGGCGUGUGGAUAUGAAAUUGAGGAUAUAACUGACCCCUCACAAAUUUCCCAGGCAAAGGCAAUAAUAUUUCCCGGUGUCGGAUCGUACGGAUCUGCAAUGAAAGUUCUCAAGGAAAAAGGCUUUGAGCAACCAAUGAGAGAGUAUUUGUCAGCUCGCGAUCGACCAUUUCUUGGUAUUUGUCUUGGUAUGCAGACCCUUUUCGAGUCUAGCGACGAGCACGAGGAAGGCGCAGAUGCCAUUCCUGGCCUCGGUGUGAUCCCCGGGAAAGUUAUCAAAUUUGAUGAGACAAAAAUGGUAGUCCCUCAUAUCGGAUGGAAUGGAAGGAAAUCACACAAAGAGAGCUCUGUCCUGAAAUACGUUAAUCCUGAAGACUCUGCCUACUUCGUCCAUUCGUACUACGCUCCUAUCACAGACGAAAACAAAGAGUGGAUUCUCACGAGCACUACCUAUUGCGGGCAGCCGUUCAUAAGCGGUGUUCAAAGAGGUAGUGUGGUUGCAACUCAGUUCCAUCCCGAAAAGAGUGGGAAAACGGGUCUAAAUAUUCUCAGGGGAUUCCUCGAGGUGAGCUAUUUUCUAUCCUUUUUCUUGGUUGCCAACCAAUUUUGUUCCAUGACACAAAUAUUUUCUGUUCAGCUUCCGUCUGAUCUCACGCUGUGCUUSUAACAAUUCAGGCCGUAGAAAACGGGACUCUAAACAAUGCAAAAAGCAUUCCUGUCGAUCCAAAAGCCGAAACAAUGCUUGCAAAACGUAUUGUUGUCGCUUUGGACGUUAGAACAAACGAUCAUGGCGAUUUGGUAGUAACAAAGGGGGAUCAGUACGAUGUGCGGGAAAAUGAAAGUGAUGGAGCAGCAGUUACUGGCCGUGGAGGAGUCCGAAAUCUKGGAAAGCCUGUUGGGCUAGCCGGGCGAUACUACGAUGAAGGGGCAGAUGAAAUUGCAUUCCUGAACAUCACUAGCUUCCGCGAAGGGGUAGUGGAAGAUAUGCCAAUGCUUCAGGUGUUAGAACAAGCAUCAAAGAGCAUCUUCGUCCCUUUGACCGUAGGAGGAGGAAUCCGUACCUACACUGACCAAAAAUCAGGCCAAACGUGGUCUGCUCUUGAGGUUGCCGCUAGGUACUUCCGUGCUGGUGCAGAUAAAGUCAGCAUUGGCAGUGACUCUGUGCACGCAUCGGAAGCUCUCAUUGCGCGAAAUGGUGAAAAGACGGGAGAAUCUUCCAUCGAGACAAUUUCGCAUGUGUAUGGGGCGCAAGCAGUCGUUAUAUCUAUUGAUCCGAAGCGAGUGUAUGUUGCAAGUAAGGACGAUGCCGACAAAAAACAUGUUGUUGUUGAACUUGACGAUGGAAGCUCUGGUCCAAAUGGCGAGAAAUUUUGCUGGUUCCAGUGCACUGUAAAGGGUGGGAGAGAGGAGAGAGACAUCUGCGCAGUAACAGUUGCRAAGGCAUGCCAGACACUUGGUGCUGGAGAAAUAAUGCUGAAUUGUAUUGAUAUGGAUGGGCAAGGAAACGGAUUCGACCUUCCCUUGAUGCGGGCCGUUUCUGGUGAAGUAUCAAUCCCAGUCAUCGCAAGUAGCGGAGCAGGUAACGAAGACCAUUUCGUAGAAGUUUUUUCCAAAACGAACGUUCAGGCGGCUCUAGCUGCUGGAAUGUUUCAUCGGAAGGAAGUGGAGAUCGAGGCAUGUAAAUCAGCAAUGCGGGAAAACAAAAUACCAGCUAGAAAUGUUUGCACGUCGCAGUAAAAAGAUUCAGCCGAUGACACUGAUACAAAUUACCAUCGAUUAAUAAGACGCGGAUAUUCACUUUGUUGGCGUUUCUUUGGAAAUAUYUCAUUUCUUUUUAGAUGGUGUGAGAAGUAUCUCUUGUACCGAAUGAGUUAUAACUACUUAA